AUGGAGGACGACGGGCGUUACAGAGACGGCCGCUCAGACUUUGUCCGCGGCGCCAAGGACAUUGCCAAAGUGGCCAAGAAACAGGUCGGCAAGAAGAUGGGGCGCGGCGUGGACAAAAUGACCGACGAGUACACCAAGCGCUCAUAUAAACGCUUCGAGGAGGAAGACGACGACGACGACUACGGCGCCAUGCCAAGCAACGACGGCGGAUAUUACCGCAACGACAGCCGGGCCAAUGACGAUGAAGGUCACAGCGACUCCACUGAAGGACACGACGAGGACGAUGAGAUCUAUGAAGGGGAGUACCAGGGCAUCCCGAGGGCUGACUCGGGCAAAACCGGCAGCAUAGACGGGGUGACGGCGGCCCAGGCAGGGCAGUUCAGGGAUCUCGCGGCCCUCGAGGGCGAGAGGAGGAAAGACCAGGAGGAGCUGGCCCAGCAGUACGAGACCAUCCUGCAGGAGUGUGGCCACGGGAAGUUCCAGUGGACGCUCUACUUUGUCCUGGGGCUGGCGUUGAUGGCGGACGGCGUGGAGAUCUUUGUGGUCGGCUUCGUGCUGCCCAGCGCAGAGAAGGACAUGUGUCUAUCUGAGCCCAACAAGGGCAUGCUGGGUCUGAUCGUGUACCUGGGGAUGAUGGUCGGGGCCUUCGUGUGGGGCGGCCUGGCCGAUCGGAUCGGCCGACGACAGACCCUCCUCAUCUCCCUCUCCAUCAACAGCGUGUUUGCCUUCUUCUCGUCCUUCGUCCAGGGCUACGUCUCCUUCCUCUUCUGCCGCCUGGCCUCUGGUGUGGGUAUUGGCGGCUCCAUCCCCAUCGUGUUUUCCUAUUACUCUGAGUUCCUGGCCCAGGAGAAGCGAGGAGAGCAUCUGAGCUGGCUCUGCAUGUUCUGGAUGAUCGGUGGUAUCUACGCCUCCGCCAUGGCCUGGGCCAUCAUCCCACACUACGGCUGGAGUUUCCAGAUGGGCUCGGCCUACCAAUUCCACAGCUGGCGUGUCUUUGUGUUGGUGUGUGCCUUGCCGUCUGUGGCGGCCAUCUCUGCCCUCACCACCAUGCCCGAGAGCCCCCGCUUCUUCCUGGAGAAUGGGAAACAUGACGAGGCGUGGAUGAUUCUGAAGCAGGUCCACGACACCAACAUGAGGGCCAAGGGUUACCCGGAGAGGGUCUUCUCUGUGACCACCAUCAAAACAGUGAAGCAGAUGGAUGACCUGGUGACCUUGGGCGAAGGUGCCGCCUGGCAUCAGAAAUGGAAGAUAAAGCUCACCACACUUUUCCAUCAGGUGUGGACUAAUUUCCUGUCCAUGUUCACCCCCGAGUACCGCCGCACCACCUACAUGAUGAUGGCCGUAUGGUUCUCUAUGUCCUUCAGCUACUACGGUCUGACAGUGUGGUUCCCCGACAUGAUCAAGUACCUGCAAAAGCAGGAGUACGCCUCGCGCACCAAGGUUUUCGCCAAGGAGAAAGUAGAACAUGUCACCUUUAACUUCACCCUGGAAAACCAGGUCCACCGCCAGGGAGAGUACUUCAACGACAAGUUUAUGAACCUGAAAAUGAGAUCCAUGGUAUUUGAGGACUCGCUGUUUGAGGAGUGUUACUUUGAGGACAUCACCUCCAGCAACACCUUCUUCAAGAACUGCACCUUCAUUGCCACCCUCUUCUACAACACAGAUCUCUUCAAGUACAGGUUGGUCAACUGCAAGCUCAUCAACAGCACUUUCCUGCACAACAAAGAAGGCUGCCUGCUCAGUGACGUCAGCGAUGAGAACAAUGCUUACAUGGUCUACUUCGUCAGUUUCCUGGGCACCUUGGCUGUGUUGCCAGGCAACAUCGUCUCCGCGCUGCUCAUGGACAAGAUCGGACGGCUGAGGAUGCUAGCGGGCUCCAGUGUGAUCUCUUGCAUCAGCUGUUUCUUCCUGUCCUUUGGCAACAGCGAGUCAGCCAUGAUCGCUCUGCUCUGCCUGUUCGGAGGAAUCAGCAUCGCUUCCUGGAACGCCCUGGAUGUGCUGACCGUCGAGCUCUACCCUUCCGACAAGAGAACCACGGCAUUUGGCUUCCUCAACGCCCUCUGUAAGUUAGCGGCUGUUUUAGGCAUAAGCAUCUUCACUUCGUUCGUCGGCAUCACCAAGGCUGUGCCCAUCCUCUUUGCCUCGGGGGCGCUGGCGGCGGGCAGUUUUCUGGCCCUCAAACUACCAGAGACGCGGGGUCAGGUGCUGCAAUAGUAUGGCGCCAUCAACUUUCCGGGGUGGGGGGGUGGGAGGAGGGCAGAAGAGUUUUCACCACACUGUGAAUGAACAGCUCAAGAGCCCUCCAAAUCCUUCCCUCUAACCCCUCUCUCACAAUGAUAGAGUAAAGUUUGUGCACGUAACACAACGCAGAAGAGCGACGCAGAUCUGCUGUAAAUAUUUGGUGAUUAUUUGAUAGGUUGAAGCUGUGACGAACCUGCCUGAAUAAACAGUGAGCGAUCAGUGAGACUUGAAGUAAGAAAAGUAAAUAGUAACAUUUUCAGUGAGAGCAUGACAUGUUAUUCCCCUGGAAUAUAUAAUAAUAAAUUUAGAUUCGGCCCCCCCACCCUGAUAUAAGCACAUACACCUGGGGUUGGAGGUCAGGGGAUGGGGGUUCUUGAUAAUGAGCCAUGCAAAUAGACUCAUAGAAAUGACCACUAGCCAUCGUUGCAGAGUUCUCUGUAGUCACCUCCAUUCUUCUGAGCUAAUUCAACUCACCUGUCAAAUCUUGAGUACUUUGCCAUUGUUGGACAUAGAAUCAAAAAUGCGACAUCUUAUGCCUCGAUUUGAAGCAUUUUUGACUUUGUGGGGUAAAACCAAGACACUCUUGGUUUUUCUCUCUAACAAAGACCUGUCCUCAUUCUUCUUUAUCUCCUGAGGUCUUGUGUUGGUGUACAGACUUAACUGCCAUUUUAUAGAUUAUAGAACAUUCCAGGUUUGCUUUUUGUUAUUGUUGGAAGAUGUGACAAAGAGAUCAAUCGAGCCCCUUUUCUCCCUUUAAAAACGUUGUUUCUGAUCACCAAUCAGUUCAUGGAUACGUUUCCCAUGCCAAGUGGAUCAUUGUGUGCUGUCAUGUUUGCCAUUUCAUCACAAAGAUAUUAAGCUGUUUGUUAAAGUGUACAUUUAAAGCACAACCAUUUGCCAGUGUGAACGUCCCGACACAUUUUCUUGACUUGAUGAAAAUGUUCAGAAUCUCACACUCAAUCAUCAUACUGUAUAUCCCUUUGUAAGAAAUGCCUUUUUAGUACCUCUCCUCCCCAGGCUUACAGUAUGUUUGUCUAUUCUAAUAUAUGUUUUGGAGGGUGUUAUGCAUGUCACAAAGUAUGUAUGUAAAUUUAUGAAAAUUGAGAGUACAACAUGUAAACGACGUUAGGGACAAGUUGCUUUUGCUCAUCGGUUAGUCCGGCUUAAGUCACCGUAAUAUUUUUGACAUUUUACUACCCACAAAAGGCAGCACAGUGCUUUUAUUCUGCUGUUGGUAGCUCUUCUCAGAGCACACUCCACAGGAUGUUCUUAACAUGAAAAGAUCCCUUUAUUACCUUAAAUCAUACACACAUGUGGAAGAAACACAGGUAAGCACAAGGGAGGAAAAAAAAAGAAGUUACACAAAAAGGCUCCACUUUUAGUUUUGAUGGUUUCAGUGCAGGUGUGUGUAAGAGAUGACAGUUAAACUAUAAUAUAAUUGUUUGUGUGAACUGAAUGUUUAUAUUAAUGUGAGCGUGCUUCUUAGUGCAAUAUUGAACCUCUGUGCAAUAUUGAGAUUUUAUUUCUUUUUUUAUUGUCUUUUAACCAUUUCAUAUUUGGCAAACACUAUUCUGAUUUGUGAACGUUUGUGGGGUAGCUGUCUUAUAUUGAUAACUGAACAUGGCGUGAUAACAUACUGGACUUCAUCUCUUUUUUUGCUCUUGGAUCAAGACAGACAGAGAUACAUCAGACCGGCAAUACGUCAUCCAGAGUAGGCUCUCGUGACUACGCCCGUUUUGGGGGGCAAACAAUCCCUUGUCCCUCGGUAACCAGUAGUACUACUUUAAACAAAC